UUACUCGGGUAAGCGCGUCCCACUUGGAGUCGAUGUGCUACUGCAGGUGAAUCAGUUGUAAAGUUUAGGGAAUAUUUAGGAUGGCCAGCAACGGUCAAACAAAUUUAGCUCUCAACCUAGACGAGGAUUCCGAAACGCAUCAGCAAAAAGAAGAUAAUCAAUUGGAUGUAGCUGAGUCCAUCAGCAAGCCGCGUCAACAUUCUUUACUCUAUUCGGUCGAUGACGUUCCACCGUGGCAUCUUUCCUGUCUUUUGGGAUUUCAGCACUAUUUGAUGAUGUUCGGAGGGACCAUUUCCGUGCCUUUCAUCCUGACGCCGGCCUUGUGCAUGGAAGAGAACGAUCCGGUGCGCAGCGCCAUCGUUUCCACCAUCAUCUUUGUCUCGGGCAUCAUCACUCUGCUCCAGUGCACUAUUGGAAUUCGGUUACCUAUAGUUCAAGGAGGUACGUUCGCAUUCUUGGUGCCUACAUUUGCGAUCUUGAAUCUGCCUGAGUGGUCAUGCCCAGCGCCCCAAGUCAUGGCCAACAUGACGUACGAGGACAAGACGGAACUGUGGCAAUUGAGGAUGAGGGAAGUGCAGGGCGCCAUCAUCGUCGCUUCCGUCUUCCAAGUCGCCAUCGGUGUUUUCGGAAUUGUCGGUUUGAUUCUGCGAUUCAUUACUCCACUAACAAUCGCUCCUGCCAUUGUCAUGGUGGGAUUGUCGCUUUUUGGCGCGGCAGGAAACAUGGCAGGCAAACACUGGGGCGUUUCUGCAUUGACAAUCAUCUUGGUCAUACUCUUUUCUCAAUACCUCAAACAUGUCAAAUGUCCAUUGCCAACCUAUGGGAAGGAACACGGAUGGAGCGUGAAAAAACUCGACAUUUUCACACUUCUACCGGUUCUACUGAGUAUCGUACUAGUAUGGACACUGUGUGCGAUCUUGACUGCAAGUGGAGCCCUAGAAUUAGGAUCGCCGGCCAGGACGGACAACAAGAUAAACAUUCUACUAGAAGCUCCCUGGUUCAGGUUUCCUUAUCCAUGUCAAUGGGGUCUUCCAACGGUGAGCGUGGCGGCUGUGUUUGGAAUGUUGGCGGGUGUUUUGGCAUCGGCCAUCGAGAGCAUAGGAGAUUACUAUGCUUGCGCUAGAUUAGCCGGUGCACGACCACCUCCUGUUCACGCUAUGAACCGAGGGAUCGCUAUAGAAGGUCUCGGCUGCAUCCUAGCUGGAAUUUGGGGCUCUGGCAAUGGAACGACAAGUUACUCGGAAAACAUUGGAGCUAUCGGUGUCACGAAAGUGGGAAGCAGGAGAGUGAUACAAGCUGCAGCGCUAAUGAUGAUGGUUUUUGGCGUUUUAUCCAAAUUUGGAGCACUUUUUAUCACCAUUCCAGAGCCCAUUAUAGGAGGCAUCUUUUGCGUUCUCUUUGGCAUGAUUGCAGCUACUGGUUUGGCUAAUCUGCAAUUUAUUGACCUCAAUUCCUCAAGAAAUCUACUCGUUCUCGGCUUUUCUAUAUUUUUCUCUUUAGUUCUUUCUCAAUGGAUGAAGGCACAUCCUGGUGCUAUAGACAGUGGAUCACAGAUCUUUGAUCAGAUCGUCACUGUUCUAGUGAGCACAAGCAUGUUCACAGCAGGGGUCCUAGGCUUCUUUUUGGAUAACACAAUCCCAGGUACGGAUGAAGAGAGAGGCCUGACUAAGUGGCUAGCUCACCCAGAUCCAAAAAUGGAAAUCAGCAAUGAAGAAUCAGGUCGAGAUCUGAAGCAGUGCACUUAUGACAUCCCAGUCAUCACUCCAUGGUUGAAAAGUAAAAAAUGGGCUGCUUACUUGCCGUUUCUGCCAUCCUAUCAGCCAGGCUUAUGGAAUAGGAAGACCCGAAGCUGGUGUGGAAAGUCCAAAGAUACAAAUGGGAAAACAGCAGCACUUCAAAUGUCCACAGUUCAAUUAGCAACAGCUUGACGACAAACCCCUUCAUCGAGGGUUUUCGAAUUUUUGCAACAAGUUUUUCGUGCAAGAAUACAGUAGAUAAAUCAGGGCGCUUAAUAUUAUAUGAUUUUUUUCUUUUUACAUCC